GUGGGAGUCAUCGCUGAGAGGGUGAGAAGCGGGAGGAGAGCGCCAUCCAACGGAGACGACGGGGAACUGCGCGGACUCGGCACGUGAUUAUUUCAACGGCGCCAUCUGGUGGACACGAGACCCAGUGGGAGUCAUCGCUGGGAGGGUGAGAAGCGGGAGGAGAGCGCCAUCCAACGGAGACGACGGGGAACUGCGCGGACUCGGCACGUGAUUAUUUCAAUGGCUCCAUCUGAUGGACACGAGCGGCUCCAUGGAGAGUAGACUGGAUGAGCCUCUGCCCACCCCACCCUCUUACAUCAUCCAAGAUGAGAGCCAGCUUGGACACGGGGCACGAAUCUACAAUAUCCAGACUGCGUUUAGCCCUCCUCCUCUUCCUUCUCUUCCUCCUCCUCUUCCUCCUCCCGGCUUUUCAUUUGCUCAAUCAUCACUACCAGAACCUGUACCUCCGGGGACUCCUGCAACGCCUAAAUUUGUCUGUCAUGAGUCAGUGCUGUGCCAUAGCCCUGGUGUGACCACGUGCCCAUCCUGCCAACUCCAAGUCACCACCAGGGUCACCUACAGGGCUGGGGCACUGGCAUGGAGCCUGUGUGUCACUCUUGCACUCUUUGGGUUUGUGCUGGGUUGCUGUUUGAUCCCCCUGCUGGUGGACUACUUUAAAGACGCGUACCACACGUGCCCGCGCUGCAGACGAGUGCUGCAUGUGCACAAGAAGUGCUGCUGAGACUGAGCGCACUGCCCUCUGCUGCCACCACAGGGAGCCAACACUGCACACAGGAAAAGACCAGGGCUGUUUUAUGUUUGGAUGUUUUAAGAGUUUUAUGAGCUGUAACAAAAUAAUAAAUGUUCUAUUUUCAUACA